AUGUCCGAGGACGAGAGCACGAGGGUGAAGCUCAUGUGUAGCUAUGGCGGCCGGAUCGUGAUGAGCCCACACGACUCCCAGCUCCGCUACAUCGGCGGCGACACGCGGAUCUUCGUCGUCCCCCGGACCAUCUCCUACGCGGAUUUCCGCGCCAAGCUCUCCAAGAUCUGUGGCGGCCGCAGCGUUCUCCCCAAAUACAAGCUCCCUUACGAGGAUUUCGACGCACUCGUCUCGAUCUUAUGCGACGACGACCUGGAAGCGAUGCUGGAAGAAUACGAGCGCCUCGACGCCAGGGAUUCCCCUUCCAAGCUCCGCCUGUUCCUCUUCCCAACGAUCCCUGCCGGCCACAUCCCUAGCGCCGCAUCGAGCGAGCAGAGCUUCCUAGACGCGCUAAACAACAACGGGAUCAUCCAUGAAGAGCAGCUCCCAGAUUACCUCUUUGCUAGCUCCACCACUCCAAGACCUAGGCCGGUUCCGCCAUUCCCAGCUCCUGCCAUCGCGAUCGAUCCCAUCAGCAUCGCGCAAAACCCGAUCAUCCCCCAAACUAUUUUGCAAAUUUUGCCGCCCAGCCCGCUCGAGAAGAUGACCGGACCGUCCACGUCAUCACCGUGUGGCCAGGUCAGCCCUAAUCCACAGGAGAUGAAACUGGGAGAUUUGGAAGAGAAGCCAGGCAAAAUGAAUGAAUCCAAGAAAGCAUUCCAGCAAUCAUCCAUAUUCCCAAAAAAUCUAGGAGAGCAGAGGAUUGGUGUAAUGAGGCAAGAACUUCCCAUUAAUUUCUCACACCAACCCCACCACCAAAAUUUCUUGCCCCAUCACCAGCAGCAGUCCUAUUUCACUGAAGGAAACAUGGUUUACUUGCAGCAGCCAGUGCAAUACAUGAUCCAACAGCCAGUGCACGUAAAUCACCACAUGAAGAUCCAACGGACGGGGUCAGACCCCAUCAAGCAGCACCACCAGAACCAGCAGCAGCAGAAAGUCAUGCGAAGGCAGCUCAGUGCCACUGAUCUAGAUCAGAUGCAGCAGCAGCAGCCACAGCAUAUUGAUCACCAAGUCCAGCAGCAGCCUCUGAUCAUGCGGAGGCAGUUCAGUGCUGCUUAUCUCGAUCAAAUGGACCAGCAGCAUCAGCAGCAAGCCACAGUUCCUGCUAUGCGGCGGCAGUUCAGCGCAGCUCAUCUAGAUCAGAUGAAGCAGCAACCCAGAAUGAUUUUUCCAGCGAUUAACAGCCAAUCUCCUCCCUGUUUCUACGUUUCUGGUGCGGUCGCUAGCCCGAUCCAUCAGCAGAUCGAUCCUAAUCUUGAUCAACACAGUGGCAACAGGGAUUUGUAA